AUGUCGCAGGCCUCCGCCACGUCUCCUCCUCUGCGCUCCCUCCUCCUGGCCCUGGGCCUGGGGCUGGCCGGAACCCUCAACCCCAACGACCCCAACACCUGCAGCUUCUGGGAAAGCUUCACCACCACCACCAAGGAGUCCCACUUGCGCCCGUUCAGUCUGCUCCCCUCGGAGGCCUGCAGUCAGCCCUGGCUGAGCCCCCACACCUGCCCCCAGCCCACGGUUGUCUACAGGACUGUCUACCGCCAGGUGGUGAAGCUGGACCACCGGAAGCGCCUCAAGUGCUGCCAGGGCUUCUACGAGAGCCGUGGGGCCUGCGUCCCGCUCUGCGUCCAGGAGUGUGUCCACGGCCGCUGCGUGGCACCCAACCAGUGCCAGUGUGUGCAAGGCUGGCGCGGCGACGACUGCUCCAGUGACUGUCCCCCGGGCGUGUGGGGACCCCAGUGCGACAAGCCCUGUCGCUGUGGCAACAGCAGCUCCUGUGACCCCAAGAGUGGGGCCUGUUCCUGCCCCCCUGGCCUGCAGCCCCCCCGCUGCCUUCUGCCCUGCCCCCGUGGCCGUUACGGCCCCGCCUGCCAGCUCCCCUGCAGCUGCCUCGGGGCACCCUGCGACCCCCAGACCGGAGCCUGCUUCUGCCCCCCGGAGAGGACGGGGCCCCGCUGUGAGGUGUCCUGUGUCCAGGGCCCCGUUGGCCUCCUCUGCCCCAGCACCUCUCCCUGCCACCACGGGGGCGUCUUCGAGGCCUCCCGCGGCUCCUGCAGCUGCCCGCCUGGCUGGAUGGGCGCCAUCUGCACCCUGCCCUGCGCCCAGGGCUUCCACGGCCCCAACUGCUCCCAGGAAUGCCGCUGUCACAACGGGGGCCUCUGCGACCCGCUGACGGGGCAUUGCAGCUGUGCCCCCGGCUACACGGGGGAGAGGUGCCGGGAGGAGUGCCCGGUGGGCCACUUCGGUCAGGACUGCGCCGAGACCUGCGACUGCGCGCCCGGCGCCCGCUGCUUCCCCAACGGCGCCUGCCUGUGCGAGCACGGCUUCACCGGGCACCGCUGCACCGAGCGCCUCUGCCGCGACGGCUUCUACGGCCUCAGCUGCCAGCUGCCCUGCGCCUGCGACCCCCAGCACAGCCUCAGCUGCCACCCGAUGAGCGGGGAGUGCGCGUGCCAGCCGGGCUGGGCCGGCCUGAGCUGCAACGAGAGUUGCCCGCGGGACACGCACGGGCCGGGCUGCCGCGAGCACUGCCUCUGCCUGCACGGCGGCCUCUGCCAGCCCGACAGCGGCCUCUGCCGGUGCGCGCCCGGCUACACGGGCCCGCACUGCGCCAGCCUCUGCCCGCCCGACACCUACGGGCUCAACUGCUCCUCGCGCUGCUCCUGCGAGAACGCCAUCGCCUGCUCCCCCGUGGACGGCGCUUGCGUCUGCAAGGAAGGUUGGCAACGCGGCAACUGCUCGGUGCCCUGCCCUCCUGGAACCUGGGGAUUCGGUUGCAAUGCCAGCUGCCAGUGUGCCCAUGAGGCGGCCUGCAGCCCCCAAACCGGAGCCUGUACCUGCACCCCGGGGUGGCACGGGGUCCACUGCCAGCUCCCCUGUCCGAAGGGGAAGUUUGGUGAAGGCUGUGCCCAUCGCUGUGACUGUGACCACUCUGAGGGCUGUGACCCUGUCCAUGGGCAGUGCCGGUGCCAGGCUGGCUGGACAGGUGCCCGUUGCCACCUGCCCUGCCCCGAGGGCCUCUGGGGAGCCAACUGCAGCAACACCUGCACCUGCAGGAACGGGGGCACCUGCAUCCCCCAGAACGGCAGCUGUGUGUGUGUGCCUGGCUUCCGGGGUCCCUCCUGCCAGAGAGCCUGCCAGCCCGGCCGCUAUGGCAAACGCUGUGUGCCCUGCAAGUGUGCCAACCACUCCUCCUGCCACCCCUCCAAUGGAACCUGCUACUGCCUGGCCGGCUGGACUGGCUCAGACUGCUCCCAAGCAUGCCCUCCGGGACGCUGGGGCGACAGCUGCGCCCAGCCCUGCCAGUGUCACCACGGCGGGACCUGCCACCCCCAGGACGGAAGCUGUUUUUGCCCCCCAGGCUGGACCGGACGCCUCUGCUUGGAAGGCUGUCCUCCGGGGAUGUUUGGUGCCAAUUGCUCCCAACCGUGCCAGUGUGGUUUUGGAGAGAGGUGCCACCCAGAGACGGGGGCCUGUGUGUGUCCUCCGGGGCACAGCGGUGCCCCCUGCAGGAUUGGGAGCCAGGAGCCCUUCACCAUGAUGCCUACCUUUCCAGUGCCCUACAACUCACUGGGGGCCGUGAUUGGCAUUGCCGUGUUGGGGUCCCUGGUGGUGGCCCUGGUGGCACUGUUCAUCGGCUACCGCCGCUGGCAAAAAGGCAAGCAGCAUCAGCACCUGGCGGUGGCGUACAGCAGCGGGCGGCUGGAUGGCUCCGAGUAUGUCAUGCCAGAUAUCCCUCUGAGCUACAGCCACUACUACUCCAACCCCAGCUACCACACCCUGUCCCAGUGCUCACCCAACCCUCCGCCCCCCAACAAGGCUCCCGGCAGUCAGCUCUUUGCCAGCCUGCAGGCCCCCGAGCGGCCAGGUGGAGCCCAUGGGCCCGAUAACCACACCACGCUGCCCGCCGACUGGAAGCACCUGGACAGGGGUAGCAGCCGCUUAGACCGAAGCUACAGCUGUAGCUACGGCAACAGUAACGGCCCGGGCCCAGGCCCAUUCCACGGUAAAGGGCCCAUCUCUGAAGACGGGCUGGGGGCCAGCAUGGCCUCCCUGAGCAGUGAGAACCCCUACGCCACCAUCCGGGACCUGCCCAGCCUGCUGGGGGGCCCCCGGGAGAGCAGCUACGUGGAAAUGAAAGGCCCCCCCUCAGGAUCGCCCCUCCAGCAGCCUCCCCAGCUCCCGGCCAGCCAGAGGCCGCGGAACCCCCACCCCCACCCCCAGCCGCAGGGGGACAGCGGGACCUACGAGCAGCCCAGUGCUCUGCCCCACGACCCGGACUCCGUGGGCUCCCAGCACCCCCAGCCUCUCGGCCCGGCCCCCGGCCACUACGACUCGCCCAAGAACAGCCACAUCCCCGGACACUAUGAUUUGCCUCCCGUUCGGCACCCCCCUUCCCCUCCGCCUCAGCACCGGGACCCCUGA